CAGCCGGGCAGUAAAUGGAGCAGAGCCGGUCAGGUGUGGCCGGGGAGCGGACCGUAGUGUGACCGGGGACAGCGCUGUUCCUGCGGGCUGUAAACUGCAGUCUGCCGCGGGUCUGGAACCGUCCAGACUCCGAGUCCUGGUCCACGUCCUGACCCAGAACCUCUCCAGGCUGGUUCUGUUCAUGUCAGCACACAGAACCUUCCCCCGGAGCAGGAAGUGAACGACUGGAUCCGUCCCAGGAACAGGAAGUAGAACGUUCAGGACCGACAGACGGGUUGAUGACCCGUCAGAACUGAAGAUGUAGACCUGGGUCCAGCUGGACUCUGAUCUGGAAGUCCCCCACAGGAGAGGGUGGAACUGGACCUGGAAACAUGCGGCUCGCUGUGGUUCUGGAGCCUGAAUCAUAAACAUUGAUCUGGUUCUGGUUCUGGUUCUGCUCGGACCUGUAGACCCAAACAGGUGCAGAGAAACGGUGACUCAGCUUCAGCAGGAAAUGUUCUGUUAGAAGCUGGUUCUGUGGACAGCGGUUCUGAUCCAGAAUCCCUGAUCUGAACCGGGUCUAGAGAAGGCCCAGCAGAGUCACUGUGAUGGCGGGAAAAGAUUACCAUCACCUGUUCAAGCUGCUCAUCAUCGGAGACUCCGAUGUGGGUAAAAGUAGCUUAUUGCUGCGCUUCGCUGACAGCUCCUUCUCUGGUACUACAGGAACACACAUGGAGUCAUCAUUGUUUACGAUGUGACCAACCCUGAGUCCUUCGUCAACGUCAAGAGAUGGUUGAACGAGAUCUCUGAGAACUGUGACAGCGUCUGCAAGAUCCUGGUGGGAAACAAGAACGAUGAUCCCAGCAGGAAGAAGGUGGAGACCCAGGAUGCAGUUCGUUUCGGGGACUCUGUGGGAGUUCCAGUGUUUGAGACGAGCGCCAAAGAAAACAUCAACGUAGAGGAA